UCCGGCAGCCGCAGCUCGUCGGCGUGUUCGGGAGCAGUGGUACGCGGACCCAUCCGUCAGCAUGUACGACCUGGAGAAGCAGAACUUACGACUCUUUAGCUCUUACAUCGUACACGUUUUGCGGCCGUCGUACAUGAAGGUGUUCCUGAACGAGUACCUGGGUAAAGAGGAUGUAGAGCAAAUCCUGUCCCAGGAGAGCAGGUCUGUGACGUUGGCCGCCAAGAUGCUCCUGGAGAAGAUGAUGUGUCUGGAAGAGGUCGGCUGGUUCCAGGCAUUCCUGGACACUCUGCACGCCUCAGAAUACACAGGCUUGCAUGCAGCGGUGAACACGUGGGACUUCCAGGAGAUGGAGGCUCUCCUGCCCUUGAAGACCCUGCUGGAGAGGGUGGAGCCAUCCAUCACCAAGAACAUGAAGCCCAGUGAACUGCUCCCGCACAUGAGUGACUGUCUCACACAGAGAGACUGUGAGGAAAUACGCGCGGUACAGGAGCAGCGGGGUUGUGUAGCGGCCAGUGAGUGCCUGGUGGACAUUCUGAAGCGCUCUGAUAAACCCAACUGGUUUAAAGUGCUGAAGCUGGCGCUGGAUAACUGUAACCAGAGACUGGCUCUAGACCUACUGGAGCCUGAUGGGAAUGAGAAGUGUAUGAUGGAGUGUGAGGAGAGUAGCGACACCAUGGCAACGGUGUGUUUUGAGUACCAUGAGGAUGGAGAGAGUGAUAUGGGCUUACUGAAGAGCUCCAACGAUCUGUCUCUGAGUAACCUGCAGGGGAACACAGGGGUCAUUGCUGGUGGUCUCCCAAGGUCAACAGAGAAGAAGUUGAGAGACUAUCAAAGAGAACUCACCACUGCCGCCUGCAACGGCCAAAACACCAUCAUCUGUGCUCCUACAGGUUGUGGGAAGACCAUUGUUGCCUUGAUGAUAUGCGAAGAUCACCUUAAAAAGUUUCCUGGGAAGGCAAAGGUUGUAUUCAUGGCAACCAAGGUGGAGGUUUAUGACCAGCAGUACAAACUCUUCCUGGAGCACUUCAGUAAAGAUCCUGACAUCAGGGUGACGGGGGUAUGUGGCGACAUGGAGCUGUGUGUGCAGACCGUGGUGGAGUGUAACGACAUAGUGGUGCUGACCCCCCAGAUCCUGGUGAACGCGCUCCAACGAGGCGAGCUGCUGUCCCUGCAGGUCUUCACGCUGCUCAUCCUGGAUGAGUGCCACAACACAACCGGCAAACACCCCUACAACAACCUGAUGGGCCGCUACCUGGACGCCAAGCUGGGCCCCAGCGCGCACACCCUCCCGCAGGUGGUGGGUCUGACAGCCUCGGUGGGUAUCGGUACUUUUAAGAACCAGCUUGAAGCAGAAAACAACAUCUGUCAAUUGUGUGCCAACCUGGAUGCCAGGGUCAUCUCCACGGUUACCAAACAUAUUGAUGAGCUCAGGUCAUAUGUACAUAUACCUGACAAAGAGUUCUAUUUGGUCCCACCUCAGACCUCCAACCCCUUCAUUGAGAUCAUCACUGGUAUCAUGAGUAAUAUUGAACAACUGGCCAGGACUGUCUACAAUAUCGAGAGUCUCUCUCCUAUCCAGAACCGAGAGUAUGGCAGUCAGAAGUAUGAGCAGUGGAUUGUGGAGGUGCAGAAGCGCUGUAAACUCCUGCAGCUACAGGACCCUGAAGAGGAGAAGAGAAUGUGCAGAGCUCUGUACAACUACACCGAACACCUGCGCAAAUAUAACGACGCUCUGAUCAUUUACGAGGACGCCAGAGCCAAGGACGCACUGGUCUACCUGCAGGCGUUUAUCCAGCAGGUGCGCAAUGCCGGCUAUGGGGAUACGGAGAGCCAUCUUGCAGCUCUCUUGGAUUCUCAGUGGGCGCAGUUGCAGCAUUUGGCCACAGAGGGGCAGGAGAACCCAAAACUACAGGAGCUGAAAUUCAUACUGGAUGAAGAAUAUCACAACAACGACCAAACCCGCACUGUGCUCUUCGUCAGAACACGCGCCCUCACUGAUGCACUGAAAAACUGGAUAGAGGAGACUGAUUCUCUAAACUUCUUAAAGCCUGGAAUUCUGAUUGGAAGAGGAAGAAAGUCUCACCUCACAGGCUCAGGUAUGACCCUGACCAGCCAGAAGGGGGUGCUAGACUCCUUCAAGAGCUCUGACCAGAGUAAAAUCCUCAUCGCCACCUCUGUUGCGGAUGAAGGCAUAGAUAUCCCACAAUGCAACCUGGUGAUCAUGUAUGAAUAUGUUGGAAACGUGGUGAAGAUGGUACAAGUCCGAGGUCGUGGCAGAGCCCAGGGCAGCAGAUGUUUCCUCAUCUCCAGCAGUAAGGAGCGUAUUGAUAAGGAGAAGCUGAACAUGCAGCGAGAGGAGGUGGUGGAGAAGGCCAUCGCCAGCCUGCAGAGCUCACCUGAAGACCUCCGCGCCAAGGUGGAUGUGUUCCAGAGGGAGGAGAAGGCCAGGAGAGCUCAUGUGAGCGCAGAACCAGAGAGGCCCCAUGACAUGGGCUCCUACCAGCUGCUAUGUGCUAAGUGCAGACACUUUGCCUGUUUCAGCAGUGACCUGCGCGUCCUGCAGGAGGCUCACCACAUCAUUCUAGAUCGUUCUGUGUUUAACCGCUGCGAAACCAAACCCCACGGCAAACCCAAGACCUUCGACGGGAUCACAAAGACCAAGAAGCUGCUGUGUGGGAACUGCAAGAUGGAUUGGGGCAUCAUCGCCUCCUACCUCAACAUACAGAAUCUGCCCGUAGUGAAAAUUGAGAGUUUUGUGAUCCAAAACAUCAAGACACAGCAAAUUGCCUACUUCAGGAAGUGGAAAGAUGUGACCUUUGCCCUCCGCACUUUUGACCUGGCUGAGAUGAGUGCGGAGAGAUGGGGUCCCUGAAUAUAGAGACUCCCGACAUCACACGCAGCGCACACACCCAGCCACUCACGCUGCUCCAUCCAUCUCUGAUUUCAAAUCAGCUUCAUGAACAAAUGUAUAAUUUAGCUCUUAGGGGUUUUUUUGUUUGUUUGGGUUACAGUUUAUUCACAUGCACUGUUUGUUUGCAUGCCAAACAGCAACAAUAGUGUUGUGAAUGCUAACAUAGGUAAAGCGAGUGGUGAUGUGUGCACCUAACUGUUUUAUGUGCAUGUUUACUGACGUUUUGCGUGUGUGUCUAAUGUUUUGCGUGUGUGUAAUCACAUGUUGCCUGCUUGGCCUGGUUUUUUGGAUACUUCACCAUCACAUUAUUUUUUACUGAUUUGAUUCUGUGAAGCACUUAGACCAAUCUUUAUAUCAUUUUUAUGUCAUUUUUACUCUCUUUAUUUAUGUUUAUACUUUAAUGUUCUUCGCUAUUUGUAGUACAGCACAGAAAAGAUUAAACACAUGAAAAGCACAUCCGGUAAAUGGAAACAACUGUUGUUUGUUGUGUAGUGGUUUGUUUAUUUGUGUGUUCAUUUGCAGUCUUUAUGUGUGCAAUUCCUGCUUUAAAGCACUUAAGGUUCAUUACAAAUGAUUAGUGAUUCAAAGUUCUGAUUAGGGGUACUUAAAAUAUUCAGCGUUAUCUUUUAUACUUUAGCCACUGUUUCAGUGUAAUAAAACCCAGUUCAAUAAACUGUCAAGCAUUAAGUCCAAA